CCUAACAAUGUGCAUUCUAGUGCUUCCGCCCGCAUCCCUGUUUCGUUUCUCCUAACAAUAAUAAACUACUAUCCUUAAAUGAAUUCCUUUCCGGCGCUCUCCUCCUCUUCUCAGCUCUGCCACCUCUCCGCCUCCGCCUUCCUUGACUCAACCCUUACCAUCAGAACCCCCAUUUACACCACUACCAUCUACUGAAUCGUUGGGCUAGAAAGUGCCUUUCUUGGACUUGUUUUACUUCUUCAUUGUUUAUUCCUCUUAGAAGACGGAGAAUAAGAAAACGUAGAAUGACAUCUUCGCUGAUAACGAAUCACGGUUUGUCAUCCCCCGAUGCUACUGGGACUCUUAGAUCAAGGGGCCGGCAUUUUGUUCCGGUUUUUUACUCCUGCCGCAGGACUAGAAGAUGGAGAUUACCAGUGGCUGCUCUCAUCACUGAUUUUCAUCUUCCAAUGCGUAGCCUAGAAAUUAAGAAAAGGUACACGCAGAGGAAAGCAUUAGCCUUGGGCGCAGGUGGAUCCCCAAGUGGCAAUGGUGCAGAAAACACAGAAGGAGAUAAUGCAGGAGUUGGGAGGACAAGAUUGGGUACUAUUGUUGGUGCAGCAGGUGUUCAGCUUCUUGAGAAGCUUAAUGCUGCUAGAAAGAACCUUCCGACCAAGAUAUUCCUCCUCCUCUUGGGAUUCUAUACAGCCAAUGCUCUAGCUACAAUCCUCGGGCAGACUGGCGACUGGGAUGUUUUGGUUGCUGGUGUAGUGGUUGCUGCCAUUGAAGGAAUAGGGAUGCUAAUGUACAGAAAGCCCUUCACAAUGCCUUCGGGGAUAUUCAAGUCCUUGAUCGUGAUGGUGAACUACUGGAAAGCUGGUGUAUGCUUGGGUCUCUUUGUAGAUGCCUUCAAGCUUGGGAGUUAGACUCGUUUUCCUAAACUAGCACACAAUUCCGAGUCACAAUUUUAGCAAGACAUCACAAUUGCAGGACCCAUUGGGGCCUGGUUAAUACUAUACCACUUGUCCAUGUCAAUCACAGAUUAACACCGUGCAAUCCUUACAUGUAUGAAACUGUCCCUAAAACUGUUCAAAUU